AUGUCUACACAUUCAGGUGAUUUAAUCGAUGGUACUAAAAAGGAAGCUGAGAUCAUAAACGAUUCAAGUGAAUUUGUUACAAAGGAAGAAGAAAAAAUAUUAGUAAAAAAGCUUGAUCUAAGACUCAUUCCUUUGGUUUUUGUUAUUAAUAUUCUUAGCUUCCUGGAUAG